GUACGUGAAGCAUCCUAUUAUUUGUGCGAGCGUAGGGACAAUAAUAAUGGGCCCUCUAAUAACUGAGUUUGGAUUUGUUCUGUUACUAAUACUCCCGUGGUUUCCUAGUGUAAUAGCAGAGGAACCAAAACCCGCAAGCCCAGCUUGUGAUUUUCCAGCUAUAUUCAACUUCGGUGAUUCCAAUUCAGACACUGGUUGCAUGUCGUCUGCAUUUUACCCUGCUAUUUUGCCAUAUGGUCAGACUUUCUUCCAUGAUGCUGCUGGCAGAGCUUCUGAUGGACGCCUUAUUAUAGAUUUCAUUGCGGAGAAGCUUGGUUUCCCGUACUUGAGUGCAUACAUAGAUUCAAUUGGAACAAGCUAUAGGCAUGGCGCAAACUUUGGUGCAGGAUCAUCAACCAUUAGGCGACAAAACAGGACCUACUUUGAUGGCGGUUCUCCUUUCACACUCGAAAUCCAAACUGCCCAGUUUGUCCAGUUUAAGGCUCGCACCGCCAAGUUCUUCAACCAAGAGAAGGAAAAUCCUUACACGGUUAACUUUCCGAGGCCAGAGGAGUUCGCCAAAGCCAUCUACACAUUUGAUAUUGGGCAAAAUGAUAUCGCUCUUGGCAUGGGCCACCAAGAUUCCCAAGCACUCAUCUCUGACAUCACCGACUUUUUCCUUCUCUCUGUAUUUUUUUGUGUUUGGCAAACACUAAUUUAAGUGUACCUAUGUUAGAUAUUAUAUGAACAAGGAGCAAGGGUAUUUUGGAUACAUAACACGGGUCCAAUUGGUUGCUUGCCACUGAGCAUGCCUAAGCACAAUGCAAAUAAUAAUACUCCAGUUCAAACUUUUAAAUGGAGUUUACAUUUUUGGCCUAGAAAAGAAAAUACAGUAGAAAACCAAAAAGAAAACGACAUUGCGGUUUCUGGGUCAGUUGAUGAAAACGGGUGUGUCAUAUAUGCAAACAACAUAGCCAAAGAUUUCAAUAGUAAGCUCAAGGAUGGAGUCCUCAAAUUGAGGGCACAGUAUCCAGAUGCAUCUUUAACAUACGUGGACAUGUUCUCUGCUAAGUAUGAGCUCAUCAGCAACUCCAAAAGAGAAGGAUUUGUUGAUCCUUCAGAAAUUUGUUGUGGUUAUCAUGAGGAUGGGUACCAUGUAAAUUGUGGGAACAAAGCAAUGAUUAAAGGUAAAGAAAUUUAUGCUGGUUCUUGUAAAGAUCCGUCAAAGUACAUUAGCUGGGAUGGUGUGCACUACACUGAGGCAGCAAAUCGAUGGAUUGCUAAUCGCAUAUUAAAUGGUUCAUUGUCAGAUCCUCCACUUCCUAUAACACACUCUUGUAAAAGGACUCCAUAGUGGUAUUUGACACCAUUCCCAUAAAUCAAUUGAGCAACUUGAUUAUUCAAUAAUUUAACUCUAUUUAUGUGACUUUCAUCUUAAUAAUCUCAUUUGGUAAAUAAUUAUAUUUUUUUUUCUUUUUGGUGAAGGUAUUUUCUAGUGGAAGAACUAUUGGAAACUAGUGUUUUUGUUCCAGUGAUGCACGAAAAUCGUAAUUCUUUAAAAGUUUUUAAAUUAA